AUGGUCACGGACGACCACGACUUUCGUGCUGAAUGCAACAAACUUAGGAACAUGUUUCUGACAAGAGGCUACCCUCUAAAUCUAGUCAACAACAAUUAUAAUACAGAUAUCUGUCACAGCGUAUUUUCAUUUAGUCUAGUCUGUGUAGUGGCAAUUCUGCUGUUGACUUGGAAGAGAGAGCCUGUCAAGUAUAAUACAGAUAUCUGUCACAGCGUAUUUUCAUUUAGUCUAGUCUGUGUAGUGGCAAUUCUGCUGUUGACUUGGAAGAGAGAGCCUGUCAAGUAUAAUACAGAUAUCUGUCACAGCGUAUUUUCAUUUAGUCUAGUCUGUGUAGUGGCAAUUCUGCUGUUGACUUGGAAGAGAGAGCCUGUCAAGUAUAAUACAGAUAUCUGUCACAGCGUAUUUUCAUUUAGUCUAGUCUGUGUAGUGGCAAUUCUGCUGUUGACUUGGAAGAGAGAGCCUGUCAAGUAUAAUACAGAUAUCUGUCACAGCGUAUUUUCAUUUAGUCUAGUCUGUGUAGUGGCAAUUCUGCUGUUGACUUGGAAGAGAGAGCCUGUCAAGUAUAAUACAGAUAUCUGUCACAGCGUAUUUUCAUUUAGUCUAGUCUGUGUAGUGGCAAUUCUGCUGUUGACUUGGAAGAGAGAGCCUGUCAAGAAUACUUCAUUUCAAAGACCAGAAUAG